GUGAAGAUAACGAUCAGUGAUCAAUCCCAUAACUUCUAUAAGGAAUACAGAAUAGAGAGUUGGGCAAGCACGGCCCGGGACCCAUCGAUUUACUGGAGGUGGGAUCAGGUGCAUAGGAGGAUACCCAAGUCAGACUAUGAGAUAAACCCUAUCCUAGAACUAUGCCUAAAGGAGGAUUUCCGCUAGUCACGGGAGUUUCUCCAAAAGAGGGGCCUCCUGGAACAAGAAUUACUAUCAGGGGAGAGAACCUAGGAACAGAUCCCAAAGAUUUAGUGGGUUUGAAUAUUUGUGGAGUGAACUGCGUUUUGACAGCAGAAUGGAAAUCUUCCAGUAAGAUUAUUGCUCGUUCUGGUCCAGGAAAAGGAAAGGGAGAUGUCACAGUGAUCACGAAAUCUGGGGGCGUGGGGAGCUGUACCGUGGGAUUUAAAGGAUACUUUGUCCAGAUAGGUCCUCUUCAGGAAUCAGCUAUUUGGAUUGAUGAGUCACAAACUGUCAAUGUCCGACGGUUACACACACAGCUCCCUCUCUUCUCAAAAGACGACGAUGACCCACUGGGAAUCUCUGAUGAAGGCAUCCAAAUACAUGUGCAGGAGCCAGAGUCCUCCACAGAAACAAAUACUUACCAAGAUAGUGCUAAAUAUAAAGAAGAGGAGCUGUUGGACAUAUUUCCAGAAGCUUCUGGAAACUUGUCCUUGGAGAAUUUUUCGGCCGCCUGGUAUCUGCUAGAGAACCAUCACAGCACAAGUUUUGAUGACCUGAAGGCGGGUCUGUCCUACAUGAAGAGGAGGGCUUCUCACAGAUCUGAGGGACCUAUAGCAUUCGUCAAGUCCAACUUGUCAUCCACGCUGGACUGUCUGGAGAGUCUGGACGCCAUGUAUCAGCAGUUUUGUAUCGAUGAUCUGAGAGGAGAUUCUGUCAACUCUUAUGCAGUUUUAUUGAUGCAGGCAAAGUCUUGUGCAGAUGGGCUGUUCCAGGAAGUUCUAGGGAGGAAAGAUAAGGCUGACUCCACAAGGAAUGCACUGAGCGUGCUCCAAAGAUUUAAGUUCCUGUUUUAUCUGCCAUUAAACAUAGAUAGGAACAUAAAAAGGGGGGACUACAGUUUAGUAAUCAAUGACUAUGUCAGGGCCAGGUCACUAUUUGCUGAUACUCAAGUUCAGGUGUUUAGAAGAGUGUAUAGUGAUGUAGAGAGUAGGAUUAACACAUUCCGGGACAUGCUCCAGACAAAGUUACUCCAGCUGCCCACACCUCUAGAGGAGCAGAAGAAAUUAAUCAGGUAUCUAAUCAGCCUGGGAUGUGAAGGUGACCCAGCGUGGGAGUGCCUCGUCAAUCAACAGAAGUGGCUGAUCGGAAUACUGACCAAAUGCAAGGAUGACCACAUACAGGAAGAAACCACCAGUUUAGCUGAGGGAGAGAGUAGCAUUGCCAAGAGCCCUGUAGCUGUGGCACAAGGGAGAGGGAGGGAUACCAACUCCAGCUUUAAAUCGACCUCAGAUCAGACAGGCUGGAAAUCAGGUACCCCUCAGAAGAUUCUGUUUGUGGAGGAACUAACGAACUUGAUGCUGGACAACAUCCCAGACUUCUGGAAGCUUGGGCAGGCCUAUUUCUCGGGAUCGCUCUUCAUUAACACUAAAGAGACAUCAGACAAACAUUAUAAAGUAGACACAAGCAAGCACAGCCAAUUCAAGCAAAUGGUUACAGAUUUGAUUAGUCUGUUUUCCAAUUUGGUGCGUGCAGCAUUUUUACCAGAAUCUCUAGAGAACAUCGCACAGGAGACCCGAGAGGGAUACGGAAAGUGGCCCGCUCCCUGCAGCGAUAUUCCUGGUGGCUGGUUGCCAUCCAGCGUUAGACAUGUCAGAUUCUGUGUUAAUUCUCUCUCCUUCCUGGAUCUCCCCGGUGACUCUCCGAUAUUGAUACGGGACCUAGCACUAGACAUCAGGACAAACUGCAUGUUCACUCUGCUCAAACAGGCAAUAGCAGACGUGAAGCAGCUGCACACUAAGGAGAUGUGGGUGGUGGACACGGACGAUGAAUCAGGGGGCACAACUCAACUGCCUGCAUUAUUUGAGAACAUCGUGAAUGAGGCAAUACAACACCUCCAUGAAGUGGUCGUCCAAAACAAGACUGGAGAGCCAGAGAUUUUUGCCCUGAGGACGAUACAGAAAGACGCCACUGCUUUGUGUACACAGCUUCUACAGGCCUUUUCUCCGUGUCUUCACAAACUGGCUUUUGAUCCACCAGAGAUCACAUCUAAAAAAUUUCGGGGAGGAAAGAAGGUGAUAUCGCCAGAGGAGACUUCUUCCCCAGCUGUGGAUGACAGAAUCCCACCAUUAGACAAGCGCCUGAUUAUCAUGCUGAGUAAUUGUAACCACACAAUGGUCCGAGUUAUCCCGAGACUGGUGGAGAACCUGAACAAACAUGGCUACGUGGAAAUGGAGAAAGCCGUCAGGAGUGAUAGUGAAGAGAACACAAUUAGUUCUUACAUCAGAACAGCAGAUCUCAGACAAGGAUAUCAGGCUGCACGAGACACGUAUGAGGAUUUAGAUGACAGUCUGUUUGAGGCGUAUGUGGAGGAGAAGUCUAAUCCCAUCGUCGGUGCCAUAGAACAAAACAUGUACAGAGGCGGGUUCGAAUGGAAAACUUGUAAGAAACCCACAGGAGUAAGAAACUACAUUAAGGAGAUGAUCAUGAAAAUGAUCGAGGUCCACGCUGAGGUGUUUGCUGUGUCACCAGUGUUUGUUACCAGGGUAACACAGAAGGUGAUUGAGGCGGUGUCGGAGGAACUGACCCGACUGAUACAGUGUGUCACAGAGCAUGGACCCUACAGUCCUGCACAGGCUCGUCUGGAAUUACUGGCACUACAGGAAACAGUCAAUGUGUACCUAACUCCACAUGCCAGCUCUUGUUAUAAAGACGCCCUGAAUGAGUUGCCAGUACUGAAGCCAGAACACAAAAAGUUGCAAGAAGAACUCCUAAAUAAAUUUAAAUCUCAGAUGAAAUUCCAGCUAAUGUGUUUCUAUGGAGACAGUGUAUUGAGGACAUCUAGUGUUGCGUAAUUCAUCUCAGCAGACAGGUAUUAUGUUUUGUGUCAUGGGAAAGAAAGUCACCAUGGCAACAGUAACAAAAGCAAGGAGGAUUAUGGGAAAAUUCAAGUGACUUAAAAAGAAUUAAGAGAGAGUGAAACAUUGUGCAAUAAAUUUGUUGUGUGAAAUGUCACAUGAUCUUUAAUUAUACAUAAAUGAUUUAAAAAGAAAUAUAUAAUGGUUUUAAA